AUUAUUUGUGUUUCGAUCGUCGACGGACGCUGACGGCGGCUACUUUGGCAGAUCGAGUCGGUGAUUUUUGCGCUUCAUUCAGAGAUCUAUCCCAUUCAUCAUUUCUGUUAGUGAGUCACCAACAGUGCCUUAUACUCACUUGUUAGUAAAGUUCUAAAGAGAAAUUACCGAGUGACUUAUUGAUUAAUCAAGAUUCCAUCUCGUGUGACACAAUUAACGGGACGUCGAGGCUUGUCAGAGUCAGAACCGGUUUGAAAGAGGAAUUCAAUAUUGGCUCGUGAAACUGUGUGGAGUGAUGCAACUCUGAAACCAGUGAUUGUGGAGGACUUACUCAGUCUCAUUGUCCCGUGAAAGUACGAAGUGAAAAUCGAUUUUUCUCAGUUAAUAACGUCAUCGCGUAAGAAGGUUAGCGACACGAAUAUGUCCAACCUAAGUGAAAACGACAAAAGUGUAGAAAUAACCAUUGAAGCAUCGGUCGGAAACAGUAUUAGCAACGAAACGGAACCGAAGCCAAUGGCCGCCGUGACUCCGGUAGUUCCGGAAACUGUAAUCGUACCAAAGCAGGAAGCCAGAGCACCAAAAGCGACAAGUGGUGGCGGCGGCAACGCACGCGGACGACAGUUGAAGCCUGACUCGAAUGGAACGCGUGCCCGUUCCAGCAGUCGAUCACCCAAUCGCCGCGCUCGCCGUGACACCACCGCUGCCCAGAACGAUGCCAUCCCCCUGUUGCCGGCCGAUGAAGGUCGGUUGCCGCGGCAGAACCCGCCGCUGGGCGGUCCCGAGAUGGACGAUGAUGAUGGACCAACGCACACGGAUGACCACCACGAUGACCGAGGGAUCGACGAUGGAUUUUUGCCGGAAAAGCCUUCCCGGGAUGACCGUGAUCGGGACGUUGGCCGAAGAACUCCCGGAAGAAGGAACAGCAACCCACCGAGACCUUUUCCGUAUGCACCUGAGUUUGGACCGCAGUUGCCCCCGGUUAUUCAAACAACGGACGGGGCGCGGGUGAUUCCCGACGUGAACGUAUACCAACAGAAGAAGAAUCUCGCUCAAGGUAUGAUGGAUCUGGCACUGCUCUCGGCCAAUGCCAAUCAGCUGCGGUACGUGCUCGAGUCGUACUCGCGUCAUCCGUACUUCUACUUUAGCUUGACGUUCAUCUCGACUAGCAUCAUCUGUCAGGUGGCCGUUGGAAUUGGGUUGAUCUGGAAGAGUCGUUACAACAUCAAGAAUCAGGACGAUUUCUGCAAAGCGGAUCGGAUCAACAACAUGGUUACGAUAGGGAUUUUUAUUAUAACGCUGGUCAACGUACUCAUAUCAGCCUUUGGAGUGGCCGAGCCGAGCCAAGCAGUAUAGUUGAUAGAGAAGGGCUUCUGAAGUCAUGAUUUCCCAGUAGUGAUACGCAUUUAAGGUUGUACAUUUAUUAAUGACACGAAUCUCACAUUUUGUUUGUAAUAAAGAACUUCACACGACUAA